AAUAAUACCUACUUCUUUCCAAUUUACUACCAAUGACUUUGCAAUGAAGCGAUCAAUAGUUAAAAUUUUAUACUUUUCGUUUUCCAAUAGGUAAUUAUUUUGUACGCAUGAUGUAAUUGUUGUCGAAAUGAUUUUCCCUUUUUUAUGUUUAGUCAUCUGUCAGUGCGUUUUAUUGUUAGAAGUUAAAGCGAAGAAUUUGAUAUAUUGCAAAAAGGUCAUCACUCCCAGCCGUAGAAGUCAUGUUAACGACAAGAUUCCAUCUCACGAACCAUAUUUGCCGACAGCAAAAAAUGGAGUAUUUUACAACUGUUCAUCGGAUGAAUGUAGAGACGUUAAAAUAUACUCCAUCACUCAAUUAGCGUUUCCUCGAUCGACUCUUAAAUACUGCUUUCUACAGAUGUCUGAAACGUAUCAUUGUGAAUCUAUCAAAUAUUAUUAUUAUAAAAAUAUUGACAAGUUGUUAUUCUUGUCUAACAACAUUCCGAAUAAAAUAUUCUAUUUGAUCGAUUGCUUAGCGUACUCAGACGGUGGGCGAGUAUGUCAUAAGAAGGACGAUGUUGAUUCACACACCAAAUUGGUAGACAUUGGGAACGCAGCGAGGCCGAACGAAUCCAACAUAUUAUCACAGGAGGAAUUUAUAUGCGAACAGAGUGAAGACAAUACGAUCAAUUGCGAUCUCGAUAUCUAUGUACCGUAUCCUGAGGGAUUAAAAGAGAAAGAGUUGGUUAAAACUGAUACUAAAAUUCUCUUAAAAACAAAUGCUGAUGUAGUGACGUUAAAUUACCACUGUAUAGAGUCUUGGUGCGGUUAUAGCGGUCAAACUCAGUCCACACGAAGAGCAUCUAGAUAUGAACCACCCGGUGGCAAAGUAUAUAGGUGUUAUUAUGCCAAUAAACAACAAAUAUGCAAGGAAAUAAUAUAUGGGGGUUCUAUGAAUGUUUACAAUGAACGUGAUUGGUUAAGCUCUUAAUAAAUAUUGAAUAAACAAUUAAAUAGUA